AUGACGCAACCCAUGGUCGUCGAACAUCCCGAUCAUGGCGGUGGGCUCAAGCAAAUAGAGGAGAUGCCAGCCCUUUCGGCCAACGAAGUUUCUCUGGCGGUUUUCCACCUAUUUCCGAACCUCCCAACUGAGCUUCGAUUGAAGAUUUGGAAGGCGGCGUGUUUCCCUCACACCAACAGUCAACAUGGCCUACACUACAUCGAUCUAGCAAGCAUUGGGGAUGACUUGCGCUCUUGGAUUGGUCCAAUGGAGAUGAAGGCACUUCAUCCCGACUUCCCAACCUCGCGCAAUGGGCAGCGGGUUGUAGGACGCGCAAACAGAUCCGCCCACAUGUGGGAUGCUGGUCUAUGGAAGGCGUGCCAAGAGUCAAGGGAGGUCAUUUCCUCGCACUUUCGACUGAAGCUUUGGUGCAAUACUCAGAACAGCGGCCUCGACCCCCUCGAAUUGGAUGAGUGCCUCGGUAAGGCUUGUCAACCGUACCCUUCGCAGCUGUAUUCUGAGGAAUUGACCUCUGAAGACGACGAGGAACUGUCUGAGAAGCGACCAGGUGAUGAAGAUUCAGUUCUUGAGCCUGAGCUCUUUCUUCCUACCUGUCUUUUUCCAUCCAAUCAAGGGCAUGAAGAGCCAUUUAUGGUUAUGCCCACCCGAGAUCUAUUUUGCAUCCAAGACCCCGGGAAACACCUGUUACCACUCGUUCUCAAGGAUGCUCGCCUGAAGGUUCUAUGUCCAGGUGGCAAGACAAUCGUUCUCCGACACUCCUUCAACCUUGCCUUGGAGUUUGAUACCACCUGGUUCGAUUGUUUCCCCGGCAGCUGGGCCGAACUCAUCAAGGAAAAGUCACCUCGAGGCGUGUUUGCGAACUGGGCUCAAACCUGCAACUGGAGCAAGGGCAAUGCCCCGUGUAUCUAUCUGCUCAACAAGGCUGCUCGUUCGGGGCCAGUUUGGUGUGUGAACAAAGAAGCGGUCUUUCAUGAUUGCGAUGAUGCGUACGUGGAAGUUCAAAAUCAUUACUUGGACGACUUCCCGGUUGAGCCGGCAGAGGCUUCGGCCAUGCUAGGAAUUCUGUGGCUUGUCUGGAACCUUUGGACCGUUGCUUUUUGCAACUGCACCGACGACGAAAUAUGCAUGAUGUGUAACCACGGCCUGGGCUUGGAUUUGACCAAGUAUGUCAAAGUUCUCGUUCGACAAGAAGAGGAACCUGCUCGAUAUCAAAUCGAGGAUCGAGUUGAUUUACUGGGCGAAUUGGAAAACAGUAACAACGGUCAGACUGAGCAUGAAAGUGAAGACGGUGAGGAGGGCAAAGAUACUUCUAGAUUUUAG